AUGGCACAAAGCCAAGAAUUUCUAUCAUUAACCGAUUCUGACCGCAACUCCAGACGGGAACCGUCCCCAAUCUACGUUGAACAACAACAACAGUUAAGCAUGGAUUAUCAAGAUGAGAAUAGACAUGGGCAAGUAGACAUCCAACAAUCAAAUGAAAUUAUGCCAUUAUUACAACAAUUAUUGGCUAAACAAGAUCUGCAGUUGGAUGAGAACAAACAACUCAAACAAGAGAUGGCAACACAACAGAUCAUCAUCAGCAAGCUUUCUCAAGCAGUAGAGGCUAUACAAGAAAACAAAAUAUUAUGUCAAAAUAUAUCAUCAACUAAACCGUCUUUAUCAUCAACAACAGCUCUAUUGUCGCAGUCAACACCACCUCUUCUCAUGAAGGCUGAACCUAGCCUCAAGGAACAAGCUGUCAAACAGCUACAAUCCAAACGAAUCAAUCAACUACUUGAUUCUACUCCGUUCUCUGGAUCGACUUCACAAGAGGUCUCAGACUGGGUUGACGACUUUAGCUACAAAUGUGAUCAACUCCAACUAGACGAUGCUCAACGGCUAUCGGUGGUUAUUGAUCUCCUAAAGGGCAAUGCUAAACUAUGGUACGACACACACAAGGAUACAAUUGAUAAUUGGAACACACUAAAAAACAAAUUAAUGACCUACUUCACACUUGUAACUGGUACCGAUCACUUUCAAUUGGAACAAAAACUCUAUAAUCGACGACGACAACCAAAUGAGUUGGCAAUUGACUACUGCCACAAUGUCCUUAAACUCUGUUCAAAAGUUAAUAAAUACAUGGAUGAGGAAACUCGACUCAAACAUCUUACGAAAGGGCUCAAUGCUGCAGCUCAACUACAUAUGGAUUUAAAAAGCCCGGACACUACUGAAGAAUUUCUCCAAGCUCUUAUCAAGUAUGAUAAAUGGCAAGAAGAGGAAAAAAUUCAACAGAAAGCUACCACAUCGUUUGAUCAUUACAGAAAAAUAUCAACAAGAACAAUGCAACAUCCUAUCAUGCAACAAGAACAAUCUUCUUCAAUUCCACGACAACAAUACAACUACUCAUCACAGCAACCUCGUUACCCACAACACUGCCCACCUCAAACGCGACACACCAACAACGAGAAAACCUAUGAGGGAGUGUGUGAUGGUCGCACUUCCUUUCUACAAUCUCAUCCAUCACUUAUUAUAAUUGAUACACUCGUCAAUGGUCAAUCAAUUCACGCAAUGGUUGAUACAGGGGCUACUACAUCCUUCAUUUCACAAGCUGUACUUGAUAAUAUUAUGCAUCCACCAAUUCAAACAACGGCGACACUCGGUGAUGGACGAACCAAUAUUAUGCUCAAUGGUACACUUGAAUUAAGUGUCACUAUCAAUGAUAUUACCACUGUCAUUACAGCCCUUAUUGUCGCUUCAUUAGGUGCUAAGUUAGUUCUUGGUAGCAAAGUAGAACCAGCACCAGACAAGGUCACAGCAAUCGUUGAUAUUACCUCACCAAAGACACUCUCACAAGCCAACAAAUUUGUUGGUAAAGUUGGCUAUUAUCACAAAUUUAUUCGCGACUUUGCAAAAAUUGCAGCACCUAUUCACAAGGUUACCAAUAAAACACGAACGAAAAAACAUGAAUUUCGGUGGGAUCAAGAACAGCAAGAUGCCUUUGACCAGUUCAAAUCAAUACUGACAAGUGCACCACUGUUCCUCGAUUUUCCAGAUCGAUCAGUGCCAUUUAUCUUAUCUACAGAUGCGAGUGAACUAAGAAUUGCUGGAGUACUCAAGCAGAAGACAGUUGAUGGACUGAAGAUCUGCUACUACAAAUCACGAUUACUUAACGAUACUGAAAGGCGAUAUUCGGCCACUGAACGGGAAGCUUUAGCAAUUUAUUGGUGUCUCACUGAAUUGAGAAAUUAUAUCGGCGAUUCCGAGAUCAUCAUCGAAACAGACCACAAACCACUUGUCAAUAUGCACAAGAAGAAAAAUUAUGGAAACAAAAGGAUAGAUAAUUGGCUGAUACAUCUACAAGAUUUAAUACCACAAAUUAUUGAGAUUCAAUAUCGACGUGGCAUUGACA